UUAUGCUCAAAGGCACCUGGAGGUUGUUGGCCUCUUCCUGUUUUCCUGUAAGUGGGCCUGUUUGACGUUUUCAGCUGUAUUUAAAGACAUUUAAAGUUAGCAGCGCAAACCACAAGGUAUAGCCUGUAUCAGAAUGAGUCCAUUUCAUUCUUAAAUCCAGUAGUAUCUUAUUGGAAUAUUUCAGGCCGGUUCUCGCCCCCUCCUUUCCAUUGAUGUGUUACACUGGUGCCGAAACCCGGGAAGGAGGAGGGAUGUGCCGUAGUAGAGUCCUUGCCACUACCAUCCACCCCAAUGGAGAAGCCACGGCCAUCCGUUGGGGGACGGAGGAGCCCAGCCACCUGAGAGAGGAUGAAUGGCCGCCGACCGCGAGGGGAGGAGGGGCUCCUAACCGACCGCCUGGAGUGGUCAGGGGCGGAGGAGACCCCUACCAGCCGCUGAAACGUGGCGGGGUCUGAGACCGCGAGCGGGAGGGGCUCCUGGCCGAUCACCUGGAGCAGGAGAACUGCUGCCAGGGGCGGGGGAGACCCCUUUUGUCCACCAAAAACGCGGCGGGGCUUUCUGUCCGCCAGGGGCCGGAGGACUGCUUCCGAUCCACCUGGGGAGGCACGGCUGUCGUCCAUGUGAGGGUGGAGGAGUGGCCGAGGACCAAGCUACGGCGUAUCAGAGAACCGCUCAGCCCUUCUGUAGCGGCUUUGUUCAUGGCGUUCUUGCAGAGAACUGAAGUCUACUGCUACGCUCAACAUCCACACGCUUAAACCAGGGGAGAAUGCUUGGCGCGCUACACGCUGACCUGCACUGAUCUCUGGAUGCACUCUGUUCCCUCUGCUGCCUGUGGUUCCACCACCCAGAACUCCUUGCAAAUCUAAUGGGGUGAUCUUGCCUCUCUGGCUACAUAAAGCCAUUAAAGAGAGGAUAGAAGUCUUUGGGAAUUUGAACAUCAAGGAAUCGUACUGUACAGUGUUUUAUUCACAAAGAAAUAUCUGAAACUGGACACAACAGUGAAGAAGAUCCAUUGGGUGAAUUUGGUUGUAAACGGUUUCUUUCAAAGUUUGGACUCUGAAUUGGAGGCGGAACAAUGGCUCGGAUGAACCGGCCGGCUCCAGUGGAGGUGUGUUACAAGAACAUGCGGUUCUUGAUAACUCAUAACCCGACAAACUCCACUCUGAACAGCUUCAUUGAGGAUCUUAAGAAGUAUGGCGCCACGACGGUGGUCAGAGUUUGCGAGGUAACCUACGACAAAACCCCGCUGGAGAGUGAUGGAAUCACAGUAGUGGACUGGCCUUUUGAUGACGGCGCUCCCCCUCCUUCUAAAGUCGUAGAGGACUGGCUCGGUCUACUGAAGAGACGUUUCAUGGAAGAGCCCGGCUGCUGUGUGGCUGUUCACUGCGUGGCUGGUCUCGGAAGAGCUCCAGUACUUGUGGCUGUGGCUCUGAUUGAGAGUGGGAUGAAGUAUGAAGAUGCCAUCCAGUUCAUCAGACAGAAGCGCAGGGGUGCAAUAAACAGCAAGCAGCUUACCUAUCUAGAGAAAUAUCGGCCCAAGCAGAGACUGCGCUACAAGCACACGCACAUUUUCAAGAACAAGUGCUGCAUCAUGUAACCACAUCCUCACCCCCACCACGCUAAACCGGAUGGACUAGGCCACAACUGAUGCACUUUGCUGAUUUGCCAUUUAAAUACAAACUGAUUCCGUCUGGUUGAAGUUGAAUACCCCACUGGUGCCUAAAUCCUCACUCUGUGGAGUGGAUACUGCCAUGACCUUUCUAAGACGCACGGCUUUAAGGUCACUAAAAGGCUGCGUAUCUCCAAGGUCAAUGAGGUACGCCAAAGGCAACCUAUGACCUUUGACCCUGCACCAGGACUGACACCCUAAUCAUGCCUCAAAUGAUUGUGAUUUGUCUGAAAGAGCCAGUUGGUGUGAAAACAAUGUGAAUCGUGGAAAAAUGUGUGCUUUCUCGCUCUCUUGUUUUUGUUUCUACCACUAUCCCCGCUCUCCCCUGCCAGGAGUCAGAUUUUUAGAUGACUACGGUUCCUUAAUACUUUCCGUUUUCAGCACAAAUCUUUUCACUUCUGACAACCAUGAUGCUUUGAUGUUUUGUGAGCAAACAAUGGUAAAACUGGGACGAUGAAGGGCUCAUGUGAACAGUAUUUCUGUUGCAUAAACCAGCUCUCUGCUGUUUCCAGUACAGUUAAGUACCAGACACUAAAUGGUUUCUGAAAAAUAGAUGGAGGCCCAUGAAUUAAACGAGGAGAAUGCUUGUUAUGCGUGUAUAUGUGCUUAACUUGUUCUCUCCAAAUCAAACUUUUGGUUUAUUGGAGUAAUUUUAAUGUAUUAGGAGGAUUGCAGGGCUGAAUUAAAGGGAUAGUUUAUCCAAAAAGGUUGUUUCGGGCCCAUAUGACUUACAUUCUUCCAUAAAACACAAAGGGAGAAAUUUUGAAGAAUGUUUAUGCUGCUGUCUUCCAUACAAUUAAAGUGGAUGGGAACCAGGGAUUGUCAAGCUCCAAAAAAGACACCACAGAAGUCGUCCAUAUGACUCUUACACUUUAUUCUAGGUCUUCUAAAGCCACAUGAUAGCUUUGUGUAAGGAAUAAACUGAAAUGUAAUAUAUUCGCUGACAAUCUUGCUUGACGGACGUGGUCACCAUUCACUUUUAUUGUUUGGACAAGAGCAGCUUGUACAUUCUGCCAUAAAUAACUCCUUUUGUGUUCCACAGAAGGAAAGUCAUAUGUCUUUUGUGACCCAGGAUCAGGUAAUGGUGACAGAAUUUUACUUUUUGGAUGACCUAUCACUUUUAACUGUUUAAACCUUUCAGGACUCUGUGAAAGUGAUCUGUUAUCACCAGUUGAACUGUCUACAAUACUGUACCUCCAUUCAGGUCAACAGACGUCAGGUGGUAAAAAAGUGGCUCUUUAUGGAUGAAUUAAGAGAUUGUGGUUUGAAGUUGCUUUUCUCUGUUUUUUAAGAACACCUCCAACUGCGUAAUACAAAUAAAGGCUAUUGCAACAAUGAA